AUGCCCAUUCCUAUUCGAGAUGAACCGAUGGUCGACUACGACCCAUCAUCACCCCAGGUGAUGAACGCUUUCUACAGACGAUUGUUCCCGUAUCGACCUUUCUUCUUAUGGUUGAACCAGGAUCAAGUCCCAUCAAAGUUAUUUACCCAUCGAGAAUUCGCUUUCACCCUAGCAGGAGAUGUGUACAUCCGAUACAACUCUUUCCACACUUCUGACGAAUUCAAAAAGGAAUUAAUACGUUUGAAUCCAUCGAGAUUCGAAAUUGGACCUCAGUACUCAGCCAGGCCGAGAGAUAGGAAAACGCUCGCCGCAGGUGCAUUACAACCGCAAAGAAGGGAAUUGGUUUUCGAUAUUGAUAUGACGGAUUACGAUGAGAUCCGAACGUGUUGUACAGACAAGAAAAUAUGUAAGAGGUGUUGGGGUUAUAUAGCAGCUGCUGUCAAAGUCUUGGAUCAUGCUUUGAGGGAAACAUUCGGAUUCAAACAUCUCUUAUGGGUGUAUUCCGGUCGAAGAGGUAUACAUUGUUGGAUAUCCGAUCCAGCGGCUUUAGACCUCAAUGAUGAUCAACGUAAAUCCCUGGUUACGUUCUUGGAAGUGAUUAAAGGUGGUAAAGAGCAGGCUAAGAAAGUUAAUGUGAGAGGUAAUAAGGAUGAUGCGGAUCUACAUCCUGUUUUGAAUGAGGCACUGGACAAUUUGAAAAUGGAGUUUGUAAGGUUGGUUUUGCAUGAUCAGGAUUGUUUUGCCACAGAAAGAGGAUGGGAAGCUUUGUUAGCGAUCUUACCGCAAGAUAGAGAGCUCAUGGGUAAUUUGAGAAAAGAAUGGCAAAGCGACCCUACGAAAUCAAGUGUAGAUAAAUGGGGAGAUCUACAACAAGCAGUAGGACAACUGAAGAAGCACAAUCAACUGUUAUUCAGAAAAUACGAAAGAGCAAUGCAAGAUGUGAUCUUACAAUACACAUACCCCCGAAUCGACGCGGAGGUAUCCAAACAUCGAAAUCACUUAUUGAAAGCUCCAUUCUGUGUACAUCCCGGUACGGGCAGAGUCUGUGUACCUGUCAAUCCGGACUUGGUAGAUGACUUUGAUCCAGAUGCUGUCCCUACCGUUGGUGAGCUAUUGAGUGAGCUGGAUAGAGCGGCGGCGGUAGAGAAUGGUGAGGCGGGUGGUCAACGAAGGACAGAGGAAUACGAACAAACCUCCUUGAAGCCUUAUGUGGAGAUGUUUGAGAAGCACGUCGCGGCAGUGUUGAGAGAUAGUAGAGGUGCUAAGCGAGCCGCCAAACAAGAAAGUAUGGAUUUCUGA